ACCACUGACACCAUCCAUGGAUACGCAGUAUACAACAGCACCAUAUUCGGGAGUCAAAUUGCAGUAAAAUGUAACACUGGAUACGAGAUCUUGUCUAAUACCAUUGGCAAAUGCGAUUUCACGGGCAACUGGAGUUACAGCUCUCCAGUUUGCACAAUUAAAGAUUGUGGCCGUUUGUCCUCACCACCCAAUGGUGCUCUGGAAUUGAAUGCCAGCACAUAUGGCAGCCUUGCAAGUACAUCGUGCAAUGUCGGGUAUGACCUUGGAGGAGUGCCCACACUAUCGUGUACAUCUAAUGGACAGUGGUCGAACACGGUGGCAAUUUGUAUAAUCAAAGAUUGUGGCGUCAUACAAGCGAUUGGCCAUGGAUCUGUGAUAUUCAAUGCAACGACGUUCGAAUCAAAGAUGUCAUUCCUGUGUUAUAAGGGUUUCCUUCUAGUUGGACGACAAGAAGUUAGAUGCACUGAACACGGAAACUGGAGUUCAGUAUUGCCCUUUUGCAAACAAGCUGAUUGCGGUAAGCCAGUCGCGGUGGCCAACUCGGUGAACGAGACUAAUGUCACAACAUACGGUUCCUUUGUGCGGUACAGCUGUAACGCUGGGUAUCGUCUUGUUGGAGAACCCGUGUCAUUCUGCUUCUUGAACGAGAAGUGGAGCCCAACGCCCAUAUGUACAAUACGGGAUCAGCAAGCUGUCCUGAGAUUCAACAUUGAUUUCAAACUCUUUACUGAUUGUGGGCCACUGGAGGUCCCCGAUUCAGGGAGCGCCACAGUUUCGGCUACAACUUUUGGCUCCAGUGAAAUCUACUGGUGUAAUAAAGGAUAUAAUCUUGUUGGAAACCAACUUAGAACUUGCUUGCAAAAUGGAACCUGGUCUGGUGACAAACCUUCGUGCAUCCCUAAAGAUUGUGGUAACCUUACUGCGCCUGAUCACGGCACGCUUAAUAUGAAUUCCACAGUGUAAGGAUCUCAUGCAAACUUUGGGUGCAAUGACGGUUACACCUUGUAACCAACGGACCGGAGCUAAUAGCUUGCUCUAACAAUGGCACAUGGAAUCAUUCAAUGCCAUCGUGUUCUGCUCAUGAUUGCGGUGAAGUGGAUGAACCCAUCAACGGCGCGAAGGUGACUCCGUAUUCUACUGUGUUUGACUCGACCAUUGGAUUUGUUUGCAACGAGGGAUACGUUUUUACUGGAAACGAACAGCUGUAUUGUACUGAAGAAGGC